ACUCUAUUUUGUGUUGAAUUGCUCUCAGUAGUCAUGGAUCAACCACCACAGCGAAUGCUCAAGCCGCGCGCGUUGCGGAGCGUGCUUCAGGAAGCGACCACCUUUGGCGUCACUCACACCCUGCUCCUGACGCAGAACGGAACACUGAUCGCGCUGACGGGCGACAACGACCAGAGCGCGCGCGUCACGGGCGCCAUCGCUGCGAACGUCUGGCACGCAUUCGAGCGCGAAGGCAAGGCUGCAUUCGAUACAACCGCCAUGAACUUCCUGUUGCUCGGCUGCGAGAGCGGUCGCGUCGGCGUCACCCGCGUCGCUGGAUUGCUGCUCUGCCUGUACGCCAAGCCGUCCGUCGAGUACGGUCUGCUCAAGUCCAAGGCCCUUGCUCUUGCCAAGCACCUCGAGGAGCCCUUGUCAAGCGUAGUCAUCGGUGGACUCGCUGUCGGCACCAACCUUGACAACUUUUAAAAUUGCAAAUUUUUGUUGUUUUCCCUCCUCUUGUUGAAUCAACAAGCCCGCCAAGCAGUUUCGGACGGCAUCUACUCGAGACUUGAACCACGAUCCUUUUUUUUUUUUUUUGGGGGGGCGGAAGGGCUAUUUGUUGUGCUGCGAUGAUGUCGCUUUUGUUGUUGUUGUUGUUGAGCCGUUUGUUUUUGUUCGUUUUGUUCCUCUCUUUGUGUCAUCUUGCUUUUGUUGUUUCUUGUCCUGUUCAACAUGGAAUUUUUUACCAUCA